AAAAUUGAAUUCUCCAAUUCGCCAUUAUGUUUUCAAAGUAAGUGGCAACGUUGAAUUCUUUCAAAAAAUGGCGAAGUAACGGAUCGCCUUAAAGGCCAAACACAAGCGUCAAGAAAGGAUUUGUGUAUUUCUAUUAUAAAAGAAAAUAAUAUAAAAUUGUAUAGAAUUGUCGAAAUGUCUGCUGAUCGCUUUAAUUUAAGCGAAUUCUCGGAAUAUCUUGACGACACUGAUGGCCACCGUUUGGCGCAGUUUUUGCAGAAAAAAAGCGGAACAGUGCGUGCGGGCGGCCGGCGCAUAUUUGAUAGCGAACCUGAAAGAUUUAGUUUGAAUGUACAACUAAAGCGUCUGAGCUCCCCUCCACUACUGCCAACGAAAGAUGUAGGAAAUCAGGAAGCCUGCAAUGAGAGAACUAGUGAAUGCAAUCUUUUACAAUUAGAAGUUAAGCAAGAAGCAGUUGAUUUGCUUGAGUCUGGUGCUGCCAUUGCUGAAACAUGCCAGGGCCCGCAGAAUGGGGAGGCCCUUUUCGAAGAGCCGAUUGUUUUGGUAUCGUUCGAGUCUAGACUGGAAAAUACAAAUAUAACAACUAAUAGGCAAACUCAAUUGUCACCCACAAUGCGGCCUGUACUUGAACAUAUAUCGGAAAUACAUCCUAAGACUCCUCCUAAUGUGCAAAAUGUUCCUGAAAGUAAUCAACCGGAAGAAACGGCACCAAAACCAAUUUGUCAUGAACCUAAUUCUCCGCAACGAUUACAAGACAAUGAUGACGAAAAUAGAAUGCGUAAUAGCCCUUUUUCACCUUCGUUUCUGCAAUCUUCUCCUGGUCAUUCCUUAAGGCCUUUAUCGCCGAAAUCAAAUGUGUUACGCAGUGGUGGUGUGAGAAGUGCAGAUAAGUUAAGACGGCAAGUGCUUAAACGUCUAUCGAAUAUAGGUAAUAGUGGUAGACGAACUCUACUAAAAGAAUUCGAAAGUACCAUUGGUUCCUCUGAUUUUUCACCAAAUAUAUGCAGCACUCCAAUGCAUCAAAUGCCGAGAGAAAAUCCAAAAACCCCACCACCUUUAGAAAAUUCACCUGCAUCGUCUAGGACAAAAGAAAAUUCAGAAAAAAUUCCUCACCCUGAGUUAGCACAAGGCGCAGAAAAUAACAAUAUAGAUCAACCUUUGCUACGAAAUAUGGUUGAAACACUAGAAGAAACACUUCAAAAAUUGAAAUAUUUUAAUAAUGCGCCAGAGAAGGUUAGUGCAGUUUCAGAGUCUAUUCAAAGUGCCAAUGGAUUGCCAAAUACUCAAGACCUUCUGCUGCAAGCACGUGCUGAAACGACAACUACAAAUGAAAUAACUCGAAGUAAUGUGCCUGCAACGCAGGAUUUGCUGCAAGAAGUGCAAAAUGUACUUCAGGACUUCAAGAAAUCACAUCUACAAGUGCCUAAAAUCGUCAUACCAGUGAAUCAAACUAUUAACAAUGCACCACCACCAACAACAAAAGAAAUUAAUUGUAACGAAUCUAUAGCGGGGAAAAAUAAUUCGAAAAUUGACCAACAGACAGAAACCGAUCGGACAAUAACGGCUGCAAUUGUACAGGCUCGAUCACAUGCAACUACCGAUAGCAUUGCAGAAAAUGUUAAGAACUGUAGAAGCUCCCAUGAUUUCGUAAAUCAUGCUACAUUUACACGCACGAACACCCCAAAUCAAAUUCCUCCAAUAGAAUCAACAAGAGAUCGAACUUUAAGAAGUGGACAUAGUCUCUCUCAAAAGGCACAACUAACUUUUUCUAAACAUAAUAGCAAACAUACAGAGAAAUCGUCUAAUCAAACAAUAAGAGAUGUGUUUCCAAGCCCUAAGGGAAUAACACGAAAAUCAGAAUCUAUGUACGCAAAAGAAACGAGUGAUAUUCACAAUUCAUUAAAAGGUGUUAGUAAACAAAAUAUUUCUAGAACCAAUCGUUUAACUGAAAAUUUCGAAGUGCACGAAGACAAACCAACUUCUAGCGCUCGUUCAAAAAUAUCUUUGAAUAAAACUCAGAAAUCAAAUGUAAGUAAAAACAGUAUUGCACAUAUUUCGAAGCCAUCCAAUCUAAAUGAAGAAAAUGUGCAAGCUGAACGGGCCGCAGCAACUCGCAACGAGUCCAGAGCCACAGUAGCAAAUAACUUCAAUAAUUCGCUUGUUACUGAGGAUGAAGAUGAACAAUAUGAAGCAAUUAAUAAAAAACAAAUCUUACGUAAAAGUGGCCCACUUAAUCUUGCCACCGAUAAAGAAAAGCAAACUAAACGUAGUCGGAGAACAAUCAAACGUACAACAAGAGAUCGCCGGCCCACAACUGCUACAAUAUCUAUAAUUACGAGCGAUACUGAAGCAGAAUCAGGCCCUCCACCGGCACAUCCACUCAACUUACAACGCAUACAACGAGUUGACAACAAGCGAGUACAACAAUCAAAACGUCCAUUGAAUAAACCACCAAGUACGCCGAAAAAUGGAGAACUAUUUGCCGAUGAGCUUAAAAUGCACUUAGCACGUCUAACAAAUCAUGAAAUACUCGAUUUACGUAAGCGCAACUCGAUGGGACUAUUGAGCGCAACUAGCCUAAGGAAGUCAUUAGCUGACACAAAAUUAAAUGUGAAAGAUCAGUUACUCAUUGAGGACGAAAUUCAAUUGGAAAUUUUGAGACGCGAAUUAUUAGAUUCAGCAGAAGGCUUACACGAUGAUGUGAAUGAGGUAAUGGAAAAUGAUAUGAUAUGCAAUGAUUUACCAGCAGCACCUGAUGGAUUUAAAGAUGGUGCUACCAUAACUACUAUUGGCACGAAUGUGCACCCAACGCUAAACGAUUUGAAAUGCGGAGUAUUUCACAAAUCCUCAUUGAUCGAUGAUAAUAGCAUUCAACAUGUAUCUUUUCGCACCCCUAUGGAAAAUAUUAACUCUACACAAGUCCGAAAAUCGCGAAGAAGCAAAAAGGUGGAGCAGGUGCCCGAAGUAACAAGAAAGUAUUUGGAAUUACAUAAAAGUUUUAAGAAACGGCGAAAGUCAAAAUCCACAAAAAGAUCCUUAUAUUCCCAAGGAUUCUCUGACGGGGAAGAUGAGAGUGAAAUUGAGCCAAUACCACCACCACCAAUUAUCUCACCUUUGAAAGAUUGGAAUAUAGCACCACCACCAUCGCCGUUGAUAUCAUAUUCAACUUUACGUGAUGAGGUUUUGCCGUCACCGCUACUACCAAUAUCGCCACCAGCACCAUUUAUUGAUGAUUAUCCCCGUACACCGCCUCGUAAUGUAUCCGCAUCAACUAGUAAAAACACAACUGUAACACCAGCUGCUUGCCAAACGGAUGAUAGUGCUGUCUUCAAGAAACCAACUAUGCCAGCACCGCGCGCUGCUAGUAAAAGGAAAAGUAGUACGAAAGCUAAUCACCCGCCUGUAACAACGGCGGUUGCUGACGAUGCCAGUGAAAGCCAAAGCUUGGACGACACGAAUAGUUUGCGUAGAUCGAAGCGCGGACAAGUGCCAAGGAAAUUAAGUUUUCUGUGUGGCACUCAGAGAAAGAUAUCACUCUUUGAAUCAUUGAUAAACGGUGUGAAACACACAAAAACAUUCCACACACGAACUAAAAAACGAACAGCAAAAAAACUUAGCCGAAACAGCAAUAUCCCUGUGCCGGUGGCAUCCAGCAGCGUUACGGGUGUUGAAAGAAAGUCCAAAGCCACGACGCCAGCUCAUAGUUACCUGGGCGACACAAACACAACAUCGGGCACUAUAUGCUCCGUACGGACUGCCUAUAGCAGCCGCCUGGGUGCAAUAGAAGAGACCGAAACAGAGUCUGAAGGCUACGCUGGCGAUAUGGACAAUGCAGUGAACUUGCCACAAAUGCCAAAUGAUACUGACACAACAACUAGAGUUACAAAAAGUGCGCAGCCCAAACGUAGGCAAGGAAGACCUAGGAAAAAUACACAAGUCACAACAAAACGUACACAGAAAGAAAAAGAAAAACAGGCGAUAGCAGAAGUACAAGAAAAUGCAACGGCUGAACCUCUGGACCAGCAGUACAAUGAACUAACAUCAAAUCGCACUGGGCAACUAGAAUGCAGUAGAAUUAAUUUACCACCUCCACCGUCUCGAGAAAAACUGAAUGCAAUAUUCGAUGAGUUGAAAAAUGCAGCCAACGAUUCGAGUGAUAGUACAACGUCGGCAGCAACCUCCAAUACUGAUGCAGCUUCAACAUCAUCAAAUGCAACGACCAACAGUGGCACACGUAAAUUACGAGUGCGUUUGCAGCGUGUUAAAGGGACUGCGGCGGCAGUCAGCUCGGCGGCAACGUCAUCUACUUCCAUGUGCUCAUCGGCCUCCACAACAACGCAAACGGAAUCUGGCAGUCGAAAUGAAUUGCUAACGUGGCUUAAGAAUGUCACACAUUUGCAAAGUGCCACCAAUAACGAUCAAGUCUUUAAGGAUAUGCGACCUUCUGCUGCUGGUAAACUGCACUUUACAGAUUUAGAGGGUAUCGAGUAUGCUUUUUACGAUACCAAAGAAAAAUGUAGCCUGGGCUAUUUGCGCUUUAAACCACUACAGUGCAAACCAUCCAAGCGUGCUAAGAAGUAUCACUUGCACUUUGUCGUACUAGCGGGCACAUUUGAAAUCGGUACCGAGAAUGAGAUAGGGACUUUCAAUGUUGGUGAUAUGGUAGCCAUAAAUAUAGGUUGUCGAUAUAAAAUUACCAAUCUAGAUAAUGACGUAGGCAUAGUAAUGGUAUUUAAGAAGUAAUGCCGCACACAAUCAAUUCUGAAAUUGAUCUUAUGCACACAAGAAAGUUAAGCGAAUAUAUUCUUAUAUACAUAUAUAAUCUUUGUUAAAAUUGUCGAAUCUUCAUUAAAUUGGUGGCGUUGUAAUGAAAAAAAAAAAAAAAAA